AUGAAUGCAGCACGAGUUCUAAGCAUUUCGAUGCGAGGAAGUAUUUAUCUUAGACCUGACAAAGUCCUGCACAAAACCUCUGAGGAAGUUGAUGGAGACUCAGAUUUAGACAGGUGCCCCUGGGACACACAGGAGAAUGUCAAAACACCUGAACGACCACUGACGCCAGCACCCCAAAAAGCUGCUGAUAGUGAUGGGCUUCCAUUCACUUCUUCUGAUGCUUCCGCUAUGGAUCAAGAAAAAAGACUUCCUUGUACUAAAGGAGAUGUUCCCAGAAAGAGGAGGUAUUGAAACUUGCUCAUGAAUGCAGUAACUCUUUGCAAGAAGCUGCAUCCUUCCUGCAUCCUUCAUUAUGCACAACACCGGUACUGGGCAAUCAAAGCGUGGCAACAUAUUACUGUACCUACAUGGGCAUGUUAGCCUCUUUAGGAGUGUGCAUAAGCCCUCCGUCCCCCCUAACACACUUCUCUGUUUCAGCGUGAACUCUUCAGGGAUCUGCAGGGCUUCUUCUAACAGAGGAAUGUCACGUUUUCUUGCUCUAAACUCGGCCAAGCAUUCAUCAUUCUUCAUGUAGUCCAACUUAAAAGGAGAAUAUUGAUCAUAUGGUAAAUCUAAGUUUAAAGAUUUGUUGUAAUCACAUAGAAGCACACCUUCUUCUUCUGAAAUCACAGCAUCGUUGAAGGCAAGUGAUAAUGCAUUGGGGCAUCUCUGAGUGACAUUUUAGGCCGUCAAAUAAACUUGUGUUUCUUUUUUGACAAGCUACAGAUGUAAACAAGUUGUUGCGAAAUGACUCGAAUUUUGUGGCUGUGGCUCAGACUCUCCCCAACCUACGUGCAACAACUCGUAACUUAUGGUCGCUGUAGCCUUCCUUUUCACUAUCAAUGCUUAAAGUCCCUAAUUAAACAUCAGACCAUUUACCAUCUCAAAGGACGCAAACGACAGCACACUACGUUCGACUAAGUGGAAAAAAUGUAUGGAGAAGCAAUUCAGAUUCUUUAGACUAACCGAUCUGGGGGUAAAGAAGGACGGGUUGAUAAUCUAUGGGGGUCCUCAGAUUGCUGAUUUGGAAAAUUCACUCCCAGACUUACCGUUUCAAGAGGGCAAAGAUGUCUUACUCCGGUUCAUCAGAAAACUGGACAAGAAUUUUCUACCACGAAAAAAUAAGGAUAACGCCUGAUUGCAAAUUGAAAAUCUCUCUCAAGACAUCGAUGAAAGCAUGGCCAAAUACUAGACCCAACUCACCGAAAUUGCACAGAAGUGUGAAUUAACGAACAAAGAUGAAGCUGUCAUCACGAACGAAGAUGAAGCCGUGAUCACCUCAUCAAAACGAUGACUAACAAUUGCAAACAGGUUAAAACCAUUUGCACGAACUGGACAUUAACCCAGAUUUAGACGAGGCAGCCAUCGAAGAGUAA